CGCCUGAUUUUGUAGAUUAGGUUUUGUGUGGGGCAUGAGCCAGAUCAGACUCCAGUUCAUUUGUUGAACAUAGAGAAGACUGUUAGCUGUACGAGUACGAGUACAUACAUCUUCGUAAGUGCUCUUGAGUCUGGACUGUAUCCAAAGAGCUGUGAGAUAUUGCUGUAAAAAAGUGUGCAGUUGAACUUUCCAGUCAUUGUUUGCGUUUACACUUCACAUUGAAAGAAUAUCUGCUGAUACAUGUGCCCAUUUCAAGUUAUUGCUACCGGUAUGUUCGAGAGAAAGCUGCGUGCUCUAGGAUACCAUCAUCAUGACUUGUUUAGCCUUGAUGAUGAACAGCAUGUACGCACCUUAGUUGUGUGGCUAGAAGAUCAGAAAAUCCGCUUCUAUCCAAGCGAAGACCGCAAGUCACUACGAGAAAUCACAUCAACACAGUGGCACAAUGCAUUCACCAAGUAUUUGCAGGACUUGGAGUGUCCCGUAGACUUUCGCAAGCAAGCGUCUGUGAUCGACUGGCUACUAGGAUGUGCCCUGCGCCUAGAGUAUGCAGAUAACUGUGAAGUCUAUUCACGUGUUGAUCAAGCAGUAUCCCAAGCACAAACUGCUGCCAAUACCAGUUCUGGUCAAAGCUCUAGCAAACUCGCUACUAUGGACCCGGACUCUGCUGACUUUAAGCAAGGGGUUGCCAGUUUAGCGAAGCUUCUUCAACUACCUCAGCACUCCGAUCCUGUCAAGGUCUUCCAGGCAGCGAGGAUGCUGUUAGAAAGUCGAUUUUCUCCCGAUGCAAUGAAGGAGUUUAAGCAAGCAUCUUUAGAGAGCAAGGAUAUGUUUGCACUGGACAAGAUGGACUUAGGUUUUGACACGAAAAAUAAAUGUUUGAACCAAGCUGCUAAGGUGCUGCGUUUGCUGCACAUUGCUGAGCUACGUCAGUUGCAGACAAGCAUCAAUGAGAUCAUCGUGACAGUGCAGACAAUAACAGCAAACCCGAAAACGGAUGAGCGUUUGGGUAAAGUUGGAAGAUGACAUUUGCUUACAAAGCUCCUUAAAUGCCACUCUUGCUUUUCAUCUAUUGCUUAAAAAAAGACAAUAUUGGAAAUGUGGUGUGUAGCUCCGCAUCAGCGUCUCGUUUGCUGACAAUGCAAGACCUAGCAUGACCUUACCAGUUGUAAUGCUGUUCAUACUCGUAUUGGGUUCAUCGAAUUGUCUUCGUUCAAUCUUGAAGCACACACCAGUGGUGACGCUCAUGCUGGAAAGGUGUAGCAAGCCACCCAGCACUGAAGUACUCUGAAGUACUUGGAAUCCAAUGAAAUGGAAAGCCUCGGUAUUCGUGCUGUCACCCACUGCCCACUGUGUGCCUGUGAGCUUCAAGUGUGCAUUGGGUUCUCAUAUCCUAGCCCUACAACGGUACAGUGUGCUACUUCGUUGAAUGUGUUGAGAUUAUUAUUCCAUCCAGGAACCUUUUUUCUGCUUUGUUUGACUACAUUGCCUCAUGAAGCCGCUUCAAGCUCGGAGAAAAGCUACUAAUACAGUUUGGCGGUUUAGAGUUCUUUAGUACCACAGCUACCAGUGGUUGCAUGCUUUUUGUCCAUGACUGUAUGAUCUGGCCUGAGAUCUUGUCUGCACAGGCCCAUUGUUAUAAUAUUUAGUAUGAUUUUCAAUCAUCUAAAGGCUGUGAAGCAGCUGUACAAAUAUAAUAGCUGUGAUUCAUGUCUUCA